UUGAAUUAAGAAGGGUGCAGAGGUCUUCCGGGGCCUCCAAGCAGAUUCCCCGGGGUCCUGCCGGCUGGGACCAAACCCACGGAAUCUGGGUGCCUUUCUCGCCUACUCUUCGCUUCGCUUCUCGCUUACCAUGUGCGGCUUGAUGCUCUGACUUGAUGCAUUGCUGGGAGUUUGAUCGAUCAUCUAUUUUAUACCACGCAAGGGCGGCUUUGUCGAUUUCAUUUAUGCCUGGCGGUCUGGCACUGUCCCGCUCUCGCACCAUUCACUCCUCCCGAUCCCGCGGAAUCUGGAUAGGGCAGGAUGUGUGGGGGCGAACGAGUAGGUUGGUGUAUCUGCUGGGAUGUUUUUUUUUAAUAGGAACGGCAUCGGUUAUCUAUAUCUUAUUAAUGGGCUACUGGGUGGAAUACUGGUUGGCUAUGAUCUGGACCUGGAAGGGACAGUGGCGAGAUAUGCCCAAGAUGGCCCUCCGCUCAGCAGGGACGGCGCACCGCUGGGAAUCUCUGCUGUGGGAGGGACGCCGUGGUGCCGGCGGAUCUGUCUCGCCCUUGUCUCUUCUUUUGUCCUUCUCUUCCUUUCCUCCCCCUUCCUCCUCUUCUUGCUGUCUUUGUCUGGUUCCGACACUACCGUGUACUUUUUCUUUGUCAUGUCAUGUGUGCUCUGUGAUAUCGUUGGUCGAUUUCCAUACCCAUUCGGCUAAUUGUACGAUCUAUUAUCUCCUCUUGGAUACUGAAUAUUUUAUACCCUUGGAAUCCACUUUCUUUGUUCUCCGAUGGCCUUAGGAAAAGCAAUGGGAGGGGAUCGGCUGACGGCGCCGGGGUUUCCUCCCACGCCUCCAACUCCAACUCCGGACUCCGGGAAUAAAUGCCGAUCGCUGGCCCUGGACUCCGGGCUAGAACCCGGCCGAACGAGGCUCAUCACGGGGUUUUGCUUUUUCUUCUUUUUCUUGAUUUACUUUAUUUUCUCUAUUCACCCUUUUCUUAUUUAUUUCCCGGUGAUUAAUAAACCCUACCGCGAAUGCGGCGACCAGACGGCGAGGCCGUGACGCAUGCGUUGUCCCUCGGGCUUCCCGAAAGGAAGAACAACGCGGCUACUGGCAGGUGACAGGCAGCCAGAGCCACUCCGCUGAGUAGUGCUACUACUAAGUACUAGUAUCAAGCUGCUGGCUGCAACUGGACGGCUCCGAUCCUUGUCCAUCUACUAGCACG